UUAAUGGAGGCCUAUAUACGGCAAAAACGUGCUUCACCCGGUAUGGUGCAAGCCAGCGAUUUACAAAUAAACCGUCCCAUGUCGGGGCUAAGAGCAGCCAACAGUCGUGAAAUGCACGCAUACGAUGGACCAAUGCAAUUUAUAAGCUCACCCCAGAAUCCCGAUCAAAUUCUAAGCAACACUACCACCAAUAAUGCCACAAUUGGAACAACCACGACAACAGUCACCAGAAAUAGUGUAAAAUAUGUAAAUAAUUCCAAUCACAGCCAGAACACACCCAAACGUAAUAAUACCAAUCAGGAUGAAGACUUAAUUGAGCAACUCUCCACCCACGACCUGGAAGAUGAGGAGAGCAGUCCCGUAGUUAUGUUGGCCGAAACGCCACAUCAUCAACACAGCAGCUCCACCAACUCAGCCUCCUCACAGCCCCGACAAAGAAGUCGUCAGCAGUCGUUCGACGAUGAUUUAGACGAAGAGGAUUAUGCCAAUCGUAAUAAUAUUGCCCAUGCCGCUCCCGUUAUGCCGGCCAAGCAAGUUAGCUCAUCGAAUAUUUCAAAGACUGGUAGCAAUGGCAAAGAUGAAACCGAUGGCAAUGCAUCAGAAUCUACUGAACCCGAAGGUGAUCUCAUUGGCAAUAUUGAUCAUUUUGUUAUGCAGCCGGCACCUCAGGGUGUUCUCUACAAGUGUCGCAUAACACGUGAUCGCAAGGGCAUGGAUCGUGGCCUUUUUCCCAUUUACUAUUUACACUUGGAAAGAGACUAUGGCAAGAAGGUAUUUUUGUUGGGCGGCCGUAAGCGCAAGAAGAGUAAAACAUCGAAUUAUAUUAUCAGUUGUGAUCCAACCGAUUUGUCGCGCAAUGCUGAAGGCUAUUGUGGGAAACUGAGAUCGAAUGUUUUUGGUACCUCGUUUACGGUGUUUGACAGUGGCAGCAAGGAGAAUACGGAAAGUCCCAGAUUGGAUUUAGCUAUUAUAAUAUAUGACACCAAUAUUUUGGGUUUUAAGGGACCAAGAAAUAUGACCGUUAUACUGCCGGGUAUGACAGAAGAUGAUCAACGUGUAAAAAUCAGUUCAGCCGAUCCCAAGCAACAAGGUAUUAUGGAUUUGUGGAAAUGUAAAAACCUCGACAAUAUUGUGGAAUUGCAUAAUAAAACACCCGUUUGGAAUGAUGAAACUCAAUCGUAUGUUUUGAAUUUUCACGGUCGUGUUACACAGGCCUCGGUGAAAAAUUUUCAACUCGUACACGACUCUGAUCCCGAUUAUAUAGUCAUGCAAUUUGGUCGUACUUCGGAAGAUGUUUUCACCAUGGACUAUCGCUAUCCGUUGUGUGCUUUGCAAGCUUUUGCCAUCGCUUUAAGCAGUUUUGAUGGCAAAAUAGCGUGCGAGUGAAUGGGGGAAGAAAAUCGCAUACACGAGGCAGGACUUUAAUGAUAAAAAGUCUAUAAACUAUUAGUAGUUUUGCGUACUUAUUACAAUCUAUAAUAAGUUCCUAAAUAAGUAUUUAUUUAGUGAA